CUUGAGGUUGGGUUGUGUAGGUCAAAGGUUAUACACGCUGCUCCACAUGUGUUUUUGUUUUUCUUUAAAGAAAUAAAGGGCAGUGACAAUGGGGAAGAAUAAGAAAAACCAAAGUAACGAACCAGUAAUACAAGCGGACAAGUCCGGUCUACAUUCAAGUGAUAAGAAGCUCAAACAGAGAGAUGGUAAACCCAAGAAAGCCAAACCAGAUCACCUGGAACACAUCCCUUUUAGGCUCCGUGAGAUCAUGAAAAACAAAGAGAAGAUGAAAACUGGAUCCUCGAAGUCCAAAAAGCUAAAGGAGGCCAUCUCCCCAAAAGGUCAACCAGAGGAUUCGCAGAGUGGAGAUAUACCUGUCCCACAUUUCAAGAGGGGAAAGGCAGAAAGUGUAAAAGCGUAUCUGCAGCGCAUGGAGAACGAGACAAAACACGUCCUCUUCCUCACCAAGAACCAAGUAGACAGAAAGCCUGAGCUGGAUGCAGACCAACAAGAGAAUCCCCCUGACAAGGGCAAGUCUGAGAAAAAGAAGGAGCAUGAUAAAGUCAGAUUACAAAAGCUACACCAGAAAAAGUUGGACAGACAAGUUGCCCAGAUCGAGAAAGAGAUGUUUAUAGAUACUGUUCCCUUUGGUGAAGUUUCAAUGGCCCCGCCAACUUUUAGUGCCAAGCCCAAGAAAGCUCCGGUCAAAUCUAAGGGAACAAAGGGGCUGCUUCUCAACUCUCUCCUAGGCCAAACGGCAGUCUCCACAACCAAGCCCUCCAUGGCCAGACAGAGAAUCAUGGAGGAGGAGAGGCAGCGAGUAGUGGAGGCUUACCGUCUUCUUAAGAAACAGAAGCAGCAGCAGCACAAGGACAGGGCGGCCAAUCUGGAGAAACUCCGGAACCCCAAGUGAUGUUUCAUGUCAAAGAAAUAAAAAAAAAGUCCCCGUCUUCAGUCAGCACUGAAGCUCAGAAACUGAAACAGAUCGUGAGAUAACCAUCAACGGACUGUUUGUGUUAUGUAACUUUGGAACUGCCAGUGGGGGGGAGCUCACCACGAUGUAGCUGUCAGGGAAAGAAGCCAACAUCAAAAGGCUUUGCCUCCGCUGCCCACAGUAUGAGGUAAGCAGUGAUCGACAUUCACCUGCAACUUCCAGUGUUGCAUGUUGAGCUCAAGACAGAACAGGACAAUCAAAUUGUUAAUGCCUGUUUAAAUGUCUUUAUAAGAAAGACAGCCUGAUCACCCCUCAAAUAAAUAAAUACAUCCAGA